UAUCGAGAAAUGCCGGCAACCGCUGUAGUUGACGACGACGGUAGUGGUGGUGAUGACGAUGGUGAUGGUGAUGAUGGGCAAAGCGGUCUAGCCUAGAAGAGAUAGCAAGCCCAUCGUGAUAGCGCGCGGUUGGUAUGCUAUAUAUAACCGUGGUUCCGUGUAUAUAUAGCAGCGAGUUCUUCCUUAAGCAAGAGUGCGGUGCCGCCAGUGUUUAUCAUAAUAUUGGGAAGCGUGGAUCUCGACUGGGAGACGCCGUAGGAAGGACACAGCCGCAUUCCGACCUGAAUUUUCGAAGCCGAGGAGUCAUGGCCAAGGAUAAUCUCACCGCUGUACUUUACGGGAUCAACGAUUUACGUCUGGAGAACACGCCUAUCGAGGAACCGCAGGACGGUGAAGUACUUCUGGAGAUGGCAUGCGUAGGAAUCUGUGGGUCGGAUGUUCAUUAUCUCGUGAACGGGAGAAUCUGCGACUUCGUGGUGCGCGAGCCCAUGAUCAUCGGACACGAAUCUGCCGGUAUCGUCGCCAAACUCGGGAAAAAUGUGAAAAACUUAAAAGUCGGCGAUCGCGUCGCCAUCGAGCCUGGCGUGUGUUGCCGGGUAUGCAAGUUUUGCAAGACAGGACGUUACAAUCUGUGUAAGGACAUGAUGUUUUGCGCGACGCCGCCGGUGCACGGCAGCCUGAGACGUUUUUACAAACACGCGGCUGACUUCUGUUUCAAAUUACCCGACCACGUGAGCUUAGAAGAAGGAGCGCUCUUAGAACCGUUAUCAGUGGGAGUACACGCUUGUAAACGAGGAUCAGUCGGAAUCGAUUGUAAAGUAUUAAUUCUGGGGGCUGGUCCGAUCGGUCUGGUGACGUUAUUGGUGGCCAAAGCCAUGGGUGCGAGCAAAGUGGUUAUUACUGAUAUCUUAGAGAGUAGACUGAAAAUAGCGAAGAAACUCGGCGCCGACGAUACAUAUCUGGUACAAAAGAAUAGAUCGGAGUCGGAUACAAUGGCUGAUAUUCACGCAAUUUUUGGAGAUGAACCUGAUAGAACGAUAGACGCUUCGGGCGCACAGUCUUCAAUACGUUUGGCAAUUCUCGUGACCAAAUCUGGUGGAGUCGUAGUACUGGUGGGCAUGGGUGCUCGUGAGGUGCAAGUUCCAUUAAUUAACGCAUUGGUCAGAGAAGUCGACAUCAGGGGUGUCUUCCGAUACGUGAAUGACUACAGCGACGCGUUGGAUCUCAUUGCAUCUGGUAAGAUAGAUGUGAAGCCUUUGAUCACCCAUAACUACAAGAUGGAGGACACUAUGAAAGCAUUCGAAACCAGCAGAACUGGAGCAGAUGGAGCUAUUAAAGUCAUGAUUCACUGUAAAUAAAUGAUUCGAAGUCGAACUCUGGGGAAACUUAUUCGACGUAAUAGCGUCCUUCAAGGUCAAACGUUAUGUGAGAGAUUUUUAAAUCUGAUUGUGUUGAACUAAUGUUUAUUAAACCGAUGAUUAACAUUAAUAAAUAACUCUUAACCUGCAAUGUACAAAGAAAAUGGUGAACGAUUACAAACAACGAAUAGCUUAUGAAAUUGAUGUUUGCGGGACUUAAGAUUUUACACAUGGACAUGAAAAACAUAAUUCCGACAUUUAAUCGUUAAUAUACAAGCAUGUAUUAUUUCGCAUAACAGUGUGCUCUGUAAAAUACAAGGUUAAAUACUUUUUAUUCGAACAUCAAUCCGAUGUCUCAUUCCUUGUCUUAAUCUAACUAAGAAAUUAACAUUUGUUACUAUUGUUAUAUAAAAAUCGUACAUAUGCGUUAUUGUAAAUGUAUAUAAUAACUGAAUAAGGGAAUCUAUGUAUACUGGAAACGUAGUUCAAGCGAAACGAGUUUAAACGACCAUCUUCCGCAUUUGUUAAAGUUUUCCUGGAAAAUUUUAUAAUUAGAUCUAACAAUAAAAAAUAAACUGAGAUGAGA